AGCCACAUGCAAACAGCUGUUCGGUAACCAUUUUGCUUUUCUACCACUUACCACCGCUCAUUCAUUCGUUUACUACCCCCUUCCUUUCCUUUCACAAUGCCAGGUCUCAUGGCGUUCUCUCUCUUUUUCUCAUUCUUUCUUGGCAUUUUUUCGGCUAUUGGAAUCGGUGCGUCUGAAACACAUACCAUAAAGUUUAUCAACCAAUGUGGCCACGGAACCCCAUGCUUGGUCGUGAAUGGCCAAAACGUAUCUACUGGACAAGACUAUGUCGUCAAUGGCAUAUUUUCCGGAAUCGCAUACUUACAGACUGGUCAGUGUAAUACUAAUGGCGAAGAUUGCACGUUGGUCGAGAUGAACUUGGUCAACCCAGCCUGUGCGGGGUGUGGCUCCAGCGUCGAUAUUUCACUCAUUGAUCCUCAUAUUUUCAAUGUGGAGGCCUCUUUUGCGUAUUACAACGGAUGUGACGGACUUGGAGCUGAUUGCAACAACGCCGACUGUGCCGUAGCUUUCUAUGCACCAGAAGACUGGUAUGCCCAGCGUCAAUGUGAAGUUAAUAAUGUGGACCUCCUCAUUGCAUUUUGCGCCAACGCAUCCGAGAUUAUAUUGGGUGGGAGUGCUCCUUCUUCAGCCUCUUCGAGCUCCACCGUCCUGAGCACCCAAUUGCCAUCAACCACUGCGACAUCGACAAGGACAACUCUAUCGAACCCUGCAACGUCGCAGAAUAAUCCACCUACCACCACCCAUGUCAGUGGUACACCAUCCUCCACUGGUAGCAGUAACCCGUCGUCCAGCCCCAAAAAAUGUCAGACGCGGCCAAACAGCACCGGCACUCUUGCAAAGCGCGAACCUACGGGACUCGCGGCAAAGAUGCACCGCCAGCGUCGGUCCUUCUGAGGAUGAUGCGCUUUGCCCAUCCUUUAUUUUUUUUACAGUUAUUGAUUAACUGCGAGCGAGAUUGCUGUUUUUGCUAUGUAGUUUCUGCAGAAUGUCUUGACAUAGUCUGAUGUUUUGUAUAUCCAGCCCUACUUCACAUUCACGCAUGCGUGAAUUCCAUUCAUCGGGAGGACGCCCAGGUGGCAUUCUAGAUGUUAUUUUGUUCUCCAUUGUGUAGCCGGUCUUAGCUUCCUCAAUGCCACCAUAGAUAUAUUGUCUCCUUUGUGUUUUCCUGCUGACCUGGCUGCGAAGUCGUCAGAUCCUUCAUGUCUUCCAUUGAAAUUUUAUGAUACGAUGUAUGAACAUGCGU